AUUCCCAAAAUAUCUGAUCACUUCAAACUCUACCACUCUCAUUCUUUCUCUAUCCCGUGCAAUAAUUUUUUUUUUUUUUUUAAAAAAAACUAAAUCAAAAUCCAAAUUGUAAUCGUAACAAAAGCAAAAGGAAGAAAAAAUCCAAGCGGGAAUUGUCUCUGUUUGUUAAAAGCUACAAUUAAAUUCGACCCAACUAAGGAAUCUGAAAGAGCAGACAUACUGUACUCAGGAAAGGUCCAAAAGAGAAAAAGAAAAAGAAGCAAGUAUUCUUUUACAUGACAGCAUCAUGAAACAGUGUGUACUGGAGCCUAUUCUUAGGGAUACACUUGAGGUGAUUAAACCUCUACGAGAGGAUUGGGCUGUGAGAUCUAAAAUUAUUGAAGAGCUAAAAGAUGUUAUUGCAUCUAUCGAAAGUUUAAGAGGUGCAACUGUGGAGCCCUUUGGAUCAUUUGUGUCCAACCUCUUCACUCGAUGGGGAGACUUAGACAUUUCUAUUAUGCUUGCAAAUGGUUCUUAUAUUUCAUCUGCGGCAAAGAAGCGCAAACAGAAUGUACUUAGAGAAUUUCAUAAAGCUUUGAGGCAGAAAGGUGGAUGGCGCAGGUUACAGUUUGUCCCAAAUGCAAGGGUUCCUCUCCUAAAAUUUGAAAGUGGCCGCCAGAACAUUUCUUGUGAUGUUUCAAUUGAUAAUCUGCAGGGUCAAAUAAAGUCCAAUUUCUUGUUCUGGCUCAACCAGAUAGAUGGGCGCUUUCGUGAUAUGGUCUUGCUGGUCAAGGAGUGGGCCAAAGCUCACAAUAUCAAUAAUCCAAAGACUGGGACAUUGAACUCAUAUUCUCUAAGUUUGCUUGUUAUAUUCCAUUUUCAGACUUGUGUACCGGCUAUUCUACCUCCUCUGAAAGAAAUAUAUCCCAGAAAUGUUGUUGACGAUCUUACAGGUGUGAGGACCGUUGCAGAGGAACGUAUUAAAGAAACAUGUAAUGCUAACAUAGCCAGAUAUAUGUCAGACAAAUACAGGGCAGUUAAUCGAAGUUCGCUGUCUGAGCUUUUCAUUUCCUUCUUUGCCAAGUUUUCUGGCAUUAGUUUGAAGGCUGCAGAUCUUGGAAUUUGCACAUUUACAGGACAAUGGCUAGAUAUAAGAAGCACUAUGAGAUGGUUGCCCAAAACAUAUGCACUAUUUAUUGAGGAUCCUUUCGAGCAGCCAGAAAAUGCUGCAAGGGCAGUCAGCGCUGGAAACUUAGUAAAGAUAGCUGAAGCAUUUCAGACAACAUACCAUAAGCUGGUCUUGGCUAAUCAGAAUCGCACUUCUCUCCUCGGCACCUUAGUCAGGCCAGAAAUAUUAAAUUGCAUUGCAGGAACACCGGUUAGGAACCUGAGUUACACUUCUUUGCACUAUCAAAGUACUCAUCGACAAAUCAGUAAGUCUAUGUAUUCAUCACCACAAGUGCAACAUCAAUUUCAGAACAUGAGACAGGAGAAACAUCAGAAGAUUUUCACCGCACAAAGACAGGAAAAACACCCCCACAGUUCAAAUUCUCAAUAUCGAGUUCAAAACACAAGAUUGGAAAAACAUCCUAGUUACUUGGCCAAGCAAGGACAUGAAAGCCAUCCCGAGAAUACAAGGCUAGAAAGGCAUCCCAACUAUUUCGCCAUGCAAAAACAGGAAAGUAAUGUUAACACUUCGACCAGGAAAAAACCUGCACAAUAUUACCAUGGUCAGGGCCAGCAAUUAUGGCGGCCAAAAUCUGAUGGUCAGGGACACUUUCUAUGAAGCUGACGGUAGGAGUACAGUAUAGUUAUUUAUUACUGAUGCUCCUUGGAUUUUGAUAUUUCAUGGCUGGAUCCUAGCAUCUGCAGGUGUUCUGACAGUGAUAUAGUAGUAUUGGCAGGCUCCAUCACCUUUAAGAAAUAUAAAACGUAAUGCUUGCUGCUUCUAGCUUGUAUUUGAGAUGAGAAAUGAUCAACUGAAUUCUUGUACGUGGGGAAUAUGAAAGUUCUUUGUUGCAUGCCAGAAUUACCAGAAGGUGCAAAUAAUUUCUUUGGAGCUUCGGAGUAUGAAAAUUUCACUCGUCUCACAAAAAUUUCUUUAUGGUUUGGGACUUGGGAUAUCCAUGGUACCUGUAUUCCCCAAUUACUUAAUUUGCCUUUUUAAGUGGAUGCAUCUGCAUGUCGGAGAAAAUUUCAUCUCUGCUAGUCUGCUUACCAUAAUGGCUGGCUUGGGAGUAGGAGUCCGGACAACAAGGACUUGUAAUGGAGAAACCCUAUACUGCCAUUAGCAUUUACUUAAAAAUUAUAACAAUAAGCAUGUAUAAGUUUGGAAUAAAUGAGAAGGCAAAAUGGAGCUGUGGUUGUAACA